AUGUCGCCCCCACCAGAAACCUCCCGAGUAGAGCCACCCAGGAAGAGGAAGAAGCGUGCUCACUUUUCAUGUGCCGAGUGUCGACGCCUCAAGCUCAAAUGCGAUCGCCAAGUACCGUGCUCCAACUGCGUGCGGAGGCGAUGUGUCGACUUGUGUCCCGAUGGCACAAGACCUGUUCGAGCGACCGAGGAGAGCUUGGAGCUCAAGGAACGUCUUGAGGCCCUCGAAAGCAUCCUCGCCAGUAAUGGCAUCGCGAUCCCAGACAAGAUGAAGCGGUCCGAGUCGCGCGAACUGUCUUCAUCGCCGGCCCCGCAGCCCGACGAAGUGCGAGACAGCGCCGUCCGGGACGCUGGUACCCCAUCGUCGUCGACAGCACAACGCACCAGCGCCAUCCAGGAAUCGCCGCGUUUCGCUCCCUCAGUGUCGAGCGCGCGCGACGACCCCAUGCCGACGUUUGUGCCGCCCAUGCCGCCGUCUGCGUUGACGCCGGUGCGCUUCGACUUUAGCCACCCGGGCCCAUCGUCGCACCCGUCGCAGCAGGCACAAACGCACUACUUUGAGUCGCCAAACAACGUCCUCACGGGCAUGUCCCCUGACGAGCAGAGUUUUGGCACGCUCGUCAUCAGCCAGUCCGGCCGGUCAAAGUACCUCGGCCCCACGGCCGCGAGCGAGUGGCUCAAGGAUCAAGAGAUCCUCGAGUCACCAGGCGCGUCCCGUGCAGCGUCGCCGACCCACCGACAGGUCGAUCUCCCCGACACGGGCGAGGUGCCGGCCCAGUUUCCAUUUGGCGGUGCGCUCAAGGCGAUCAGCACAGAAUACCUCCUGUCCAAGCUGCCGCCGCUGGACGAGGCGUGUGUGUUCGUGGACUCGUACUAUCGAUACUUUGCGUGGCACUUUGACGUGUCCCCGCGAGAGACGUUCCAGCCCCUCUUUGACCGUGUCUACUCGCAGUAUGCAUCGCGCGCCAACCUGGAUAGCUUGGCGCUGCACGAGCUCGCGCUCGUGUUCAUCACUCUGGCACUCGGUGCACUGCACAACCUCGAGCUACCCCCAAACGACCCCUUGGCGGAAGAGUUUUUCAACCUGUCCAAGAGCGCGCUCGCCAAGGGCCAGUUUAUGAUCUACAACACCAUUGCGGCCGUCCAGACCAUACACAUCAUGGCGCACUUUUGCCUCGAGACGGAGCGCGGGCGUAAUGGCGACAAUGCGUGGCCACUGUGGGGUCUGGCCAUGCGCAUCAUCCAGGCCAUGGGUCUCCACCGCGACCCGAGCCGCUGGAACCUCGAGCCGCAUGUCGUCGAGGAACGUCGCCGGGUGUUCUGGGAGUGCCAUGCCGCAGACAUUUUCCAGGCAAACUGCUUCUCACGGCCAAACUCGAUCCACCCAGACUACAUGGACACGGCGUACCCUUCUGAAAUGGUCUACUCGCGGUUCUCGGAAAGCCUGUCGGCCGAAAAGGGCUUUGCGACACUCAAGUUUGAGCUGUGUGGAAUUGCAGGCUCGGUCCUGGACCAUGCCAUGAAGGUGCACGCGCCGCCAUACUCGACCGUCAUGGCACUGCACGAGAAACUAACCAACUUUGAAGGUCAUGUCCCCUUCCACCUCCGCUGUCGCUCGGUGCUCCUUGCCUUGCCGUCGCGGUACCCCGACUCGGAGGUUGCCAUUCGCGAGUCGCCAGAGGAGAGCAAGCGCGACCUGCACCGCACGUUCCAGCAGUUUACGCUAUACCUUAACAUCACCGAGUCGAUCAUGUUCCUCCACCGGCCGUACUUCGUUCGUGCACUGCACGAGCAGCUCCCCGACCCGACGAGGAGCGUGUACGGGCAGUCAUACCUCACCGUCGUGGAGCGGUGUAACGUCAUCAUCCAGAUCGUAUCCCGCAUCCACGCACUCCAUCCCAACGUGACCGCCCGCCACUGGUACUUUUGGUACCACGCGUUCAACGCCGCCGUGUGUGUCGGCACAUUGAUCCUGACCAACCCGACCAACCCGCUGGCGGGCUUUGCCCUCGCGCAGAUCGACUCGGCCAUUGCGCUGUACACGGCCGCCGUGCAGGGCCGCGCGUCUCGGCGCAUGAUCCACAACCUCCAGUGGCUGCUCCGCCUGCGCCAGCGCGCCAACGACAAGAUGGUGCGCGCGGCCAAGGCCGCCACGACGGGCGAAGCGGGCGCUGAGGCCGUGGACGGCGGUGGUGGCGGUGGUGGCGACCACGGCGACUCGGACUCGGACGUCGAGCUCCUGGGCUGGCGCACGCGCCUCAUUCAGCGCGCGGCAAAGUCCCAAACGGCCACGACCAUUUCGCUGCCCUCGCCGCUCAACUCGGCCACCAGCGCCAGCCCCAACGCCGCCGUCGCCGCUACCAUUACGAAUGCGCUGCAGGCGCAUUUCGCGCCGGCGUCAGAUGUGCUGGCUCGCGGAGAGACGAACACGAGUCCACAGGGUGCGAGCACGGAUGCUUUGUUCUGGGACCCGAUGCUGCUGCAGGAUAUCCCGGACCUCAUGGGGAAUGUCAAUUCGUUUACCAUGGGAUGGGACUGGGACUCGACCGUGUAG